GAGUGGAUUUUAAUCGAUGAGGUGUUAAUUCAAACAGUGAGGACAAAGGAGCAGUGAAAAGUUGUUUUGUUUUGGUUUUUUUUUUUAAAUGAACAGAACUGUAAACAGCUGCAUCCUCAAAAGCUUUAUUAGCAGGAAGGCAGUAGCCAAGUGAAGCAGCUGGAAUCACACUGAAGUCACUCUGAACUCUGCAGAUCACUUCAUUCUUCCUUCUGCUACAGAGAUCACGUCCCUGAUUUACAGUGUGUUUCAUUCUUAAGAACUAAACGAGAAACAACUGUGAGACAUGACAUUUGAAGAUUUUGAGAACUACUCUUAUUUCUACGACCUGUCUGAGGAAGAUGAAUCACCCCAGUCCUCCCUCAGCAUUGCCCAUAUGAUUUCCCUCUCCUUUUACAGUGUGGCAUUUCUGCUGGGAGUGCCAGGUAAUGCCAUUGUCAUCUGGUUUAUGGGCUUUAAGUGGGAUAAAUCUGUUUCUACCCUCUGGUUUCUCAAUCUGGCCAUUGCAGAUUUCAUUUUUGUUCUCUUCCUGCCCUUCUAUAUCACAUACGUGGCAAUGGGCUUCCACUGGCCUUUUGGGAAGUGGCUCUGCAAAAUGAACUCAUUCAUUGCACUACUUAAUAUGUUUGCCAGUGUUUUCUUCUUGACGUUCAUCAGCCUUGACCGCUACAUCCGCCUAGUCCACCCAGUCUUUUCCUACAAGUAUCGGACUGUAAGGAACACCCUCAUUCUUAGUGGGAUCAUUUGGAUGUCAGCUGCAAUUAUUGGUGGCCCUGCCUUAUACUUUAGAGACACAGCUACAGUUCUCGACAAUGUCACCAUUUGCUACAACAACUUCCACGUUCAUGACAGAGAACUUAUUUUGCUGACACAUCACAUUCUCAUUUGGGUGAGGCUUGCAUUCGGUUACCUCUUUCCUCUAGUGACCAUGGUCAUUUGCUACUCCUUGCUGAUUGUCAAAGUGAAGAGAAGAACUGUAUUGACUUCCAGCAGGCUAUUCUGGACCAUCAUUGCUGUAGUUGUAGCUUUUUUUGUUUGCUGGACACCGUACCACAUAUUCAGCAUUGUGGAGCUGUCUGCUCACCAUGAUGAAAACUUGCAUGACUUACUGCAGGAUGGCAUUCCCCUCUCCACUGGCCUUGGUUUCAUCAACAGUUGCCUCAAUCCAAUCCUCUAUGUUCUGAUUAGCAAAAAGUUCCAGGCCCAGGUCAAGACAACAGUCUCUGAGGUGCUAAAAUUGGCACUGUGGGAGGUGAGCCGCUCAGGAACUGUCAGCGAGCAGCUGUGGAGCUCGGACAACACCCAUGCACCUGUGCACUAUUGUGAAACUGCUCAGUGACUGCUUUUGCCACCAGCCCUCUCAAAACAGCUGACAGGAGACUUGGAGGUGUUCUUGACUUCACAUCUGCCAGUCAGAUGUGCAUCCUUGCAUAUACAGUUUUAUGUAAACAGCUGGCUUAAUUGCACUUGCUGCUUUCCUUGAAAGGCGUUUAAAGGACACAUCAUUGGGUGUGGUGUACUUGCAGUGCACACACAGCCUGAACUGAAAGUUGUCAGCAUAAGUGGAAUUGCUCUAACUGGGCUUUUGAUCAGGAAUGUUGUUGUAAUCCUGUUGUUUUGUUGUGGUUCCAUACCUCACUGAUAUCAAAAGAGCACAUAAUAAAAAUACUCUGAUGAAGGCAUUCUCAUCCAAGAGGUCACAGCCAUACAUCAGUGAGUCAUGAGUCUCAUGACUGUCUAGUAUUGCAUUAAGUAGGAAUCAGCUGGCUACAUCCCACCUAAGUGAAGGUAUUGGUGGUUCCACUCUGCAGAUGGAAAAGAAUCCUAAAACAGAGAACACUGAAUUGC